AACACUCUUUUGAUAUUUUGCUGGAAGGCAAAAACGCAUUUUGAUACACACCAUCGAGAAACUUUUUAUAUAAAGAAGAGGAAAUAGACAAUGGAUCGUUACUUCCGUGGGAGUUAAAAGGAAUCGGUUAGAAUGAAAGAGUGCGUAAGCCAUCAGUAAAUCGGUGGGAAGAUCGUUAUGUUUGUGAACGAUGGUCACAUAUCGGUGAUGAAGGUUAAAGUGAUCAACUGUUUGGGGGAAGAAUGGAUCGUCAGCGUUUACCCGGAAAUCACGGUCGAUCAGCUGAAGCAGAUGGCCUUGGUCCACUUCUUUCACCCUCUUUCGUGUAUCAAGACUGCUGAUCAGUAUAGAUUGGUCUCCGUCACCAAGGGACAACGUCUCCUCGAUGAAUGCACCAUCAGAGAAGAGAAUCUUGAAGAAAAAGAAGAGUUAUUGCUGUUAAAAGGAAGAUUACAACCCGAGAAAUCUGAAGAAACGGCCGAAGAAAGGAAUCAGAAAUUACACGGUCCCAUGAAUGCAGAAAUUCAGUUUGCAACUGCAAAUAUUUCUCAAAAGAACAUGUUUAGAGUAGUCGAAGAUAAUCCUGUUGUCGUCGGGUUCCAUUCUGAAUUGAGGAAAAUAUUAGUAUCACUUGUUCAAGCUUCUGAAAAGUUACUAAGAUAUCAUCCAGAAGUUAUUGAUAUAUUUAAAGAGACAUCAGUUGAAUCAGAAAGUAGUAUACCUGAUACAACCAUAAAUGCAGAUGCUUUGAAACAGUUAACUGAUAUGGGUUUUCCUAAAUCAAAAGCACUUACUGCUUUAAGAAUAAAUAAAAUGUCUCCGACAGAAGCCACCGAGUGGCUGCUUGCUCAUGAAGAUGAAUCCCCUUCUGUUGCUUCAGCAGAAUCAACCUCUCAGGUCUGUGAAGCAAAAUCAGAAGAUACGACACAAAGUUUAGAGAGUACUGCAUCUUGUUCUGAAGGUAAUCCAAACUCCUAUGCUCCUCGUAAAGUAGCUACAAUAUUGAAAUGUUUUAGACAGUAUAAAAGAAAAGAGUUUCGGCCAAAUUUAAAGGCAUUCAAUAAUCUUAAAGAAAUGGGCUUUUCGGAAGAAGAAAUAUUAGACGCUCUCAGAAUACACAGUAAUAAUCAAGAAGCUGCGUGCGAAUGGUUGCUCAACGAUCGUAAAUCCGACAAUGAAGAUCUGGACAUUGGGUUAGAUCCCGAAGGAUCGAUAUAUAAAGCCAUCAUGGCUAAUGCUAUUGUUCAGCUGGGAUUAAACAGCCUUAAAACUUUAUUUGCACUGCUGCAGAUGCUGGAGAAUUUCAACAGCGCGGGUCGUUGGUUGAACGAUUCCGACAUUGCACCACUCCUCAGUCAGAUUUUUCGCAUAUAUCACGCAGAGAAGCAUUCCCUUCAGAUGAUGAGGCCAUUUUCUCAUUGACGAUAAGCUUUUUAUUAAGAAAAAGAAAUUUCCACACGUUGCUUUUUUGCGCAAAACACACACAAAAAUUUUCUGCGUGGCAUAAAAUUUAAAUAUUAUUUCAUCGUGUUAAUUUUAUUUUAUGUUUUUUGUUUAUAAAAUUAUCUUGUACAUAAACUUCUGUAUUAUAUGAGAGUGGAAGCUUCAUUAUUUGCAGAGAAUUUAAUUAUUUCUGAGUUCUCAAAUGCCACUCGGAAAGAGCAGUCGUUUAUUUGUAAGUUAUACUUUCUGUUGAUGUUAAAUAAAAAACAGAUUCUUUAGGAAUA